AAAAUCUAGUGAUUACUUUACAAAAAGAGCAAUAGAAAAAUUGUUUCCCAGAACUUCUAAAUUCCUUUUCUAAUCUAGAUUGUUUUCUGAAGUCAUACUUUAAAUAGUUCAAAAACCCACCAACAGUCAAAAUUUUAACAGCCAAUUUAUAGUCUUUAUUAGCCUAGAGUUUUUUUGGGCCAAAAUGCAUCAUGUAAUUGGAAUUAAAUCCUCUCAUCAAAAAUCUAUUACAUUAAUACUUACCCCGCAACAUCAGCUUUGAGAAGUUACAACUAGAAUAAAACUGAGAUCUUGUUGCCUUUUUUUUGGUCAAGGUCUUAUUAAAAGCUGAAACGGGUCAAUUUCUACGUACCAUAUUCGAAGUAAGACAAAACUCAAUACAGACGUGUGCUGAAAUCUUGUUGUUGAUUAACGUUUAUAAUUCUUUAGCAUUUUUAAAAUUAAUGUUUUAAAAGUUUUAAAAGUAAAAUAAUAAUGUUUUAUAAAUGCUGUCCAUAUCUGAAUCAUAACCUAGCCCCAAAAAAGUAACGGAGUAAAUUUUUAUAAAGUCCGCUUUGUUCGAUUUCAUCAUCAUCAUCUUAAAUAUGCAAGACCGAAAAUUUUCAGCCUCUCCUGUUGAAACAAUGUCCAACUCCAACGCCGACGACGACGAGCCACCCAAAAAAUACACUCCUACGCAGCCGUCGCUUUCUUCACUGCCUGACGACAUCGUUUUGAGAUGCUUGGUCCGCGUCCCAAGAAGCUAUCACCUAAACAUCUCAUGGGUCUCAAAAGACCUAAGAUCCCUUGUUCGCUCGCCUGAGUUCAACGUCUUGCGAUCCAGCCUCCCCAAGAGCUCACUCUAUGUAUGUUUGGAAGAAGAUGAUGAUGACGACAACUCAUCCUUCCACUGGUUUACUCUGAACGAAACAUCAACAACGGAGUAUGGGUUAGUUCCGAAUCCAACUACCUUCCCUCCUCAUAAAUACGGUUCUUCAACCGUUGCAGUGGGGUCAAAGAUCUUCUUCGUUGGUGGAUCUAUAGAACCUUUCACUGAUCUGUGGAUCCUUGAUACCCGAACUGGGAGCAUCACACAAGGACCAAGCAUGAGCGUGCCUCGAAGACAGCGCAACGCAGCUGUGGAAGUGAUCAACAGGAAGAUUUACGUACUCGGAGGCGAACCAUACAUCGACGGAUGGUUGUUUCAUCAAGUCGAAGUUUUUGAUCCAGAAUCGAAAACUUGGGAGGUUGCGGGGAUAGAGGACGCGCGUAAGAUUUCAAACUGUAGUGCCACGGUGGAGGAGAAGGUGUACAUGGUGGAUUACGAGAAGACAAGUGUGUACACAAUCCGAGAGGGUGGAGGAGGAGAACGGUUGGUUCAGAUGGUAAGCCAGAGACUCUCGGAAGGUGGUGGAAGCAAGGAUAAGUUAAAUGACAUGGCGCAUUGGGUGUGUGUGGUGGAGGAUGUUCUCUUUGCUUUCUUUAACAAAACUGGUUUGAUGUGGUUCGAUACAACGCUUAAUGUGUGGAGAACUUUGUUUGGUCGUGAUGGGAAGGAACUAACGUUUAUCUUAGAUGCGGGUGCCAUGGCGGAAUACGAGGGAAGGCUUGUGGUUUUGUAUAUGGGGGGAUGAAGAUAUAUUUGAUGUCCCCGUUACUCAAGAGUGUUCGGUGUAUGUUUGUCUCACUGGACAGAGCUGGAGAAAAGAUUUGUAGGACAAUCGAUUGGUCUGGUACUGUGGCUACAGUCUCAUAUAUGUUUCGUUUUCUUCAUUGUUUAGCUGUUUCCCAUUGACUGAUCACAGUAUAUGUGUUCUUGAAGCAAUUUGUUUUGAUUUUUUUUUUGUUCAA